AUGGAUUCCCCCGCCGCCGCCAUGGCGGGCUCCGUGCUGGCACCCGCGCUGGAGCCCUUGGCGUCUCGGGUCCCACCCCUGGAUCUUGCCGCGGUGGUCGCAGGCCGCGGCCGCGCCAGCUCUUCCCAGACGGAGUCGUGCCAGGACCCCCCGCCUCAGAAGGCCACGGAGCCGCUACGCCCAGGCUCGCGCGCGGCGCCGCCGCUUCGGGGCCUCGCCCAGGAGGGGCUGGCCAUCAAGCGCUUCAGGGGCCGCGUCCUCGAGGGCCAGGCCGUGCGGUACCGGCGGCCCCGCGCCGCGACGGAGUCCCUCCUGUUCGCGGGCCUGACCGUCGCGAGCCCGCGGCUCUCCAGCGGCGGCCGCGCGGGCGGCGGCCAGAAGGGGCCGACCAGGGGCGCUGCGACUUCCACCACCAUGGCCUCCGCCGCAGAGGCCAUGGCCCGAGAGGCGGAGGAGGGGGCCGCCGCCGAUGGCGAUCGCUGGGCGGUGGAUGCUGCCAGCAAGAGGGAGCCGGUCGGCCCCGCCGCUGGGGCCUAG